AUGCAUCAGCCCCUUGGGUUCAUAGAUUCCUCAUUUCCUCAUCAUGUCUAUCGUUUGAAGAAAUCAUUGUAUGGUUUAAAGCAGGCUUCUCGAGUUUGGAACAAACUCUUUACGGAUUUUGUGUCCACACUUGGUUUUUUCCGGACUGUUUCAGAUCACUCAUUGUUUGUGUUUCACCAAGGUGAGCACAUGACAUACUUGUUAUUGUAUGUUGAUGAUAUAAUAUUGACGACAUCCUCUAACUCUCCCCGCCGAUCCUUCAUCUCUAGCUUGAGUACGAAAUUUGCUAUGAAGGAUUUAGGUCCCUUUCAUUAUUUUUUGGGCAUUUUGGUAAGGCCUCAUGCAAAUAGUAUGUUCCUCUCUCAACAAAAGUAUGCGUAUAAGAUUGUAGACUAUAUGGGUAUGUCAUCUUGUAAGUCGUCGACUACGCCGGUUGAUACCACAUCGAAACUUGGGGCUUCAGUCUCAUCUCUUGGGUUAGAUUCUUCUUUUUACCACAGCCUAACUAGUGUUCUGCAUUAUUUGACGUUUUCUCGUCCUGAUAUCACGUAUGCGGUUCAGCAAGUUUGUCUCUUCAUGCAUGAUCCCCGGGAAGUAUACAUAGCGGCUCUAAAAAUAAUUAUCCGAGAAGAAGAAGAAGAAGAAAAAGAAUCUAAAGCAAAAGUCAAGAGUCUGAGGAUGAAUAGGAAUGAAACCGACGCCGCUAAAUCCUCCAAUGACUCGGGGUCGCAAAGUUUUCAUAUUUCGUUUCUUUCAGAUGACCCAUCAAUUCCCUGUUCUUCCUCCAAUGAUUCAAUGUUGAAGUUCUUUAUUGAUAUGAUGCCCAACGGUAGUAGGUUAGUCCUAAUUGUGAAUCCAGAGGAUUCAGUGAAGUCGGUUCACGAUUAUAUCGAGACAUUAACCCAUAUACCACUUACCGAGCAAAGACUGAUACAUCAAGGAGAACAGCUACAAUGGGAACAAUCAUUACUUGAAUCAUCUGUACAAAACAAUUCUGUUCUUCAAUUGUUCCUCCGAAAUCGUAGCACUUAUCUCUUAGAAGCCUGGCAAAUGGGUUGUGAUUUGAGAUUAUUCAUCUUCGAUUUGAACAAAGGCAAUGCAACCCUUUCUUCCGAGUUGGUAAAUUCGAUGUUAAUGAGGUUCUUAACAAGGGUAGAGGGUUUUAAUAAAGACACAUCUGUUAGAUAUCUUCAAGUAUUUUUUUCCUUAGGUUUCCCUCAAGCUAUAGUAAGGCUCUACUUAUCUGAUAGACCAGACAUCACAGAGUUUUAUCCUGGAUUCAUUCGAGGUAUCAUUUUUACUUGUGGUCUGUAUAAUAAACCAAAGUCUCCUCCACCCAUCAUUUAUGCACCCAUAUUGUUUGAAUUAUUCAAAACACUUCGUCUAGCUCUUCAUAGUAAUCACUAUGUUAACGUAAAGUGGAUCAUCAGUAAUUAUGGGGCUUGUAGGAAUGCUCUUUGCUCAAAUCUGAAUUAUGUCCAACUUACUUGGGAUUCAAAGGACGAUAAUACUUGUUGGAUUGAGGAUAACUGUCAGAUUUUCUUUGAAGAUAUUUUCUCAUUUUUUCAAGAUGACAUCACUAUGUUAUUGAAUAGUUUAUCAUCUGAAAUUGUGCCCCCUAUAAGUAGUUCUUAUGAUAAAUUAUCUGAGGUCCGUUGUUUGGGAGAUUUAUGUGUCUCCUUGCAAUCCGUGAUAAUGCAACAACUGGGUUUAGGGCCGUUGGUAUCCUUUUCAUCUGUUGAAUUUGAACUUGAUGAUAGACUUAAGUGUCAUUCUAAGGAGAUCAAGUUCAUUUAUGAUGUCUGUAUUGACUUACUUGAGAAAAUUGAUGUACAUCUUGAAAAAAUAGAGAACUUGUUGACUAUCAAAUCAAAAAGAGAACUCAAUAAUUUCCAUCUGCCUGGGCUCUAUUACUUUUCUACUUUGAAGAUCAUACAUUGUUUAUCAAAAGUUUAUUCAGGAGCCAGUGAAAUGUUUCACAGAAAAUUGAAGGAAAGAAAGAUUGCACUCAACUACUUAUUAACGUAUAAGACUAAAGAGAUAGUAGCAUGGAUUUCUGAGUACGAUGAUGUGAUUGAUUUUAAGUCUAGGAGAAAGUUAGUAAGGAACAUGUUUCCCAAAAUAACACAUGUUGUUGAUGAUGAUGAUGGUGAUUUUGUUGAUGAUGACGUGGUUGUUGAUGAUGACGUGGUUGUUGAUGAUGAUGGCAACUCGAACACAAUUAUCAUAGAGAGGUCUAAGUUGUUAGAAGAAUCAUGCAAUUCUUUUUCCCUUGCAAAUUCAGUAUUAUUGAAAAGUAAUUUGUCUAUAAAGUUUAAAAAUGAGGUAGCCCAUGGUCCAGGUGUAGUUCGAGAAUGGUUUUUCUUGGUAUGCCAGGAUAUCUUUAAUCCAUCAUCAAAUGACUUAUUUGUGGCAUGCCCGUCUGAUCUCAGAAGAGUUUAUCCAAAUCCUGCUUCUAAGGUGAUGUCUUAUUCACGCCUUAAGUAUUAUAAAUUUGCUGGAAAUGUGAUUGGCCUUGCAUUGCAACAUAAAAUUCAAGUAGGCAUUGUGUUUGAUCGUGUUUUUGUCAACCAAUUAGCUGGUAAAACUAUUUCUCUCGAGGAUAUUCAAGAUGCUGAUCCACAGUUAUACAGUAGUUGCAAGAAAAUUAUUGAGAUGAAUGCUGAUGAAGUAGAUUCUGAUGUAUUGGGGCUAACGUUUGUGCACGAAUUUGAAGAUGAAUUUGGAUCAAGGAAAGUGGUUGAGCUUUGUCCUGGAGGACAAGAUGUGGCUGUAAAUAGUAGAAAUAGAAAACAAUUUGUUGAUCUUCUUAUUCAACAUGUUUUCGUCACAUCAAUUGCUCGACAGAUCGCCCUAUUUUCCGAUGGUUUUUCAAAUAUAUUGUUGGAUUGGGAACACCAACAAUUGUUUUUCAGUUCUUUAGAGCUGAAGAAUCUUGAUAAGUUGUUGUUGGGUAAAGGAAAUGCUAUUUCGGUUACAGAUUGGAAAAUACAUACUCUUUACCAAAUUUACAAAAAAACUGAUCCUCAAAUAGUUUGGUUCUGGAAGAUAGUGCAAAACAUGACGCUCGAGCAAAGAAGGCACCUCAUGUUCUUCUGGACCUCGGUGAAGUAUUUACCAAUUGAUGGAUUUUGGGGUUUGGAACGGCUGUGGAUUGAAAGAUCAUUCGAAAGUGAGGAUCACCUGCCUUCAUCUCAUACAUGCUUCUACAAAUUAUUCCUCCCACCAUACUCUUCGAUGGACAUUAUGAAGGAUCGCUUACAUACCAUCGCCCAAGAACAUCUUAGCAACAGUUAUGGCAUGGGGUGA